AUGGUAGAGAUUAUCCUUGAUCCGAGUAUUCGUGAUUGGGUCGUAUUACCUAUGAUUAUUAUCUUUGGAUGUUCAGCUAUGGUACGUCAUUAUGUUACAUUACUGCUUAAGAAUGAAAAGAUGGCAAGUAUCGAGCAGCUCAUGUCCAUGAAUACGGUCAAACGCGCACAAAUUACACGCAUGAAUUCCAAGUUUAUUACGCCUGAUGCAUUUGCUAUGCGCAAGCACUACUUUACAGCAUCACAGAAGAAGGAUGGAAUGAAAGGAGUAUUGCGUGAGAAGGUUAAGAAUGAAGCCAUGAACCAAAUGAUGAAUCCCAACAGUAUGCUGGAGAUGAUGAAGGGUAACAUGACUUUUAUGGUGUCUAACUUUGUCAUGAUGGGGCUCAUGAGCUAUUUCUUUAGUGGCUUUGUCCUCGCUAAGGUGCCUUUCUCACUGACGCAAAAAUUUAAGACUAUGCUACAGCGCGGCAUUGAGCUCAAUACACUAGACGUGUCGUACGUUUCGUCAGUAUCCUGGUACUUUCUCGUGAGCUUUGGCAUGCGUGGUUUUCUCUCGCUCAUCCUCGGCGAGCAGAGCGCUAGCGACGAUACAAAGGCAAUGCAGAUGCAGAUGGGCAUGGGCGCUGGUCCGAAUAUGGCUUUUGACGCGCCAAAGGUAUACAAGCAGGAGCGUGUGAGUUUACGCCUGCACAACCACGACUGGGAGUUGGAAUUUGCCGAAAAGAAGCUAUUGGGUGAAGCUAUUCCAAAGAAGCCCAAGUCAUCGGCGACCAUGUUGUCGCAUAGCUCAACGAUGAAGACCACGACUAUGGAGAAGCGAUCAUCCAAAUAUACGAAGGUCUCUAAGAAGAAGUAG